GGGACGAUGGUGACGUCACUUCCUCGGCCGGCGCGGAGGGGACGCGGGACGGUCAGUCGGAGGGGCGGGAGGAGCGCGCGACACCACCAUCUCUUGGGGAGGCCUGCCGAGGUCACCAAGGCAGCCAGAGAUCCAAAUUGAGAGUCCGGAGGCGGCAGCAGCAGCAGCAGCAGCAGAGACACCCUUCAUGGCAAUCCUCUUGGCCGCCACCCGCAUCGCCCAGCCUCUUGCCCGGCUGGCCCUGAACACUCCGCACUGCAAGGAUGGCGCUGCCACCGGCCUGCGUUUGCUUCCCAAGGUUCAGGCCGCGGCCUCUGCCUGGAGGAGCCAGCGCUGCUACGCCACAGAGGUGGACAAGAUCAAUGAGCGACCUGUCCUCAUUACCGGCUGCGACUCGGGUUUUGGCUUCUCCUUGGCCAAAUUCCUCCACGAGAAAGGCUUGAUCAUCUACGCUGGGUGCCUGCUAAAGGAACAAGGCCGGGGGGGCUCAAAGGACCUGGACAACAUGAAGAGUGACCGAAUGAGGACCGUCCAGCUCAACGUCUGUGACAGCGAGGAGGUGGCGCGUGCGGUGGACUACGUGACCAGCACCCUGAAGGAUCCGGAGAAUGGAGGGCUCUGGGGACUGGUCAACAAUGCCGGCAUUUCCACCUUUGGAGAGGUGGAAUUCACCAGCAUGGACACCUACAAAGAAGUGGCCGAAGUGAACCUCUGGGGCACCAUCCGCACCACCAAGGCCUUCCUGCCUUUGAUACGGAGAGCCAAAGGCCGCGUGGUCAACAUCAGCAGCAUGAUGGGCCGGAUGGCCAACCCCGCCCGCUCCCCUUACUGCAUCACCAAGUUCGGGGUGGAGGCCUUCUCCGACUGCCUGCGCUACGAGAUGCGUCCACAUGACGUGAAGGUCUGCAUUGUGGAGCCAGGCAACUUCAUCGCCGGCACCAGCCUCUACAGCCCCGAGCGCAUCCAGUCCAUUGCCGACAAGAUGUGGGACGAGCUGCCGGAGAUCGUGCGCCGCGACUACGGGCGGAAGUACUUCGACGAGCAGAUCGCCAAAAUGGAGUCGUACUGCAGCAGCGGCUCCUCAGAUACCUCCCCGGUGGUGGAGAGCAUCGGCCACGCCCUCACCUCCACCACGCCCUACACUCGCUACCACCCCAUGGACUAUUACUGGUGGCUGCGCAUGCAGGUCAUGACCCACAUGCCCGCGGCCAUCUCCGACCGCCUCUACAUCUACUGAGGGGGUGGGUGGGGUGUUGGGGUCCCGCUGGAGCCGAACCGGCCAGGGACGGUUACGCUAAAGGUUACGCUGUCCAGUUCUCCAGCAGCCGCUUGGUUAGGUGGUUUUUAAACUCUGUAUUUUAGGCCUGUGAUUAAUUUAAACAUUGAGACAUAAUUUAACCCCUUGCAUGGUGUGUCAGAUAGGCAGGUCCAGCUCGUGUCUUUCAGGGGGACUCCGAUGACGGUACUAUGUCAAGUGGUCCCUUCUUGGCCAGGCUUGCAUUGGCCUUAGGGGAGGCUGGUCAUCUUCCUUCCUUCGGAGCUGGCCAUCCCCUCCUGGAGAAAGGCUGCCUACCCAGUCCUGGGCAACCUGGGGCUUGACCUUGCUUGGGUGCAGCCUGGGGCCUGGAAUCCUUUGUUGUGGCCACAGGGGAGUGGGGGGGUGGAGGGAGGGAUCGCAGCAGCCAGGGGCCACAUUGUCUUUGCACACUCCUUUUCAAGGGCACCAUGGACCAAGUGCCGCCAAGCCCCUCUCCCUACUGGAGGAGCUUUGACCGUGCGCUCAACCCUUUGGGGGCCCUGCCCUUGCACAGAGUCCCUUCUGCAAGGGAGGGGGCAGCUUGGCCUUAAGUCAGGGGCUCCAGUCCUUUGCACUAGGCCCCAGGCCGAUGGGUGGGCGGGGGGAAUCGCAGGGCAGGAGGGAGGCGGCCCCAGCACCAUAAGCCCACCCACAGCUCGGGAGCCACCGUGGAUCACUCCAAUUUGACCGUGAAGGUCAUGUUCCUCUAGGCCCUUGGAAGCUAACCCUCACGCAGGGCAGUCUGAGCAGGGGGCCUGAUCCAGGACGUCUCUGCCUGACGGAAUGGCUUGUGGCUGUCAGUUCCUGACCGCCGCGGCUGUUGCGUCUCCAAGACGGCCUUGCCAGGAAGACCUGGCAGAGAUUUGGCACACCGGUCGGUCUGUCGCCAGGGGCGGGGGUGCCUCCUGGGGGCACGGGCCUGUGGCUGCCAGCAGAGGGAGACAAGGGAGCAUCACCCCCCAACCAGCAAGCGGGAGGGAUGGUGACCGGAUGUCCUCUCCUUUGGUGAACAACAUUAAACCAUGUGAUAUUAAA